CGCCGUCCGUGCCGUGCCCUCCGUGCCGUGCCCCCUCCCCGGCGGUCGCGGUGGCGGGCGCCGCGCUGGUGGGGGUGGCGGCGGCGGUGUCUGCGGCCGCCUGGGCCUGGGCUCGGGCCCGCGCCAUGGCCAACUACAUCCACGUGCCCCCCGGCGCCCCCGACGUGCCCCGGCUGGACGUGACGGUCCGCCAAAGGGGCGGGCAGGGCGCCCGCCGCGGCAACGACGGCCGCGGCGGCGGCGGCGACGACGACGACGACGACGAGGAGGACGAGGAGGAUGACGAGGAGGAGGACGACGAGGGCCGCUGCCGCCGGGGCGCCCUCAGCCUCCUCCGACACCUGCGCCCGCACUGGGACGCCCGGCACGUCACCCUGCAGCUGUUCACGGACGGGAUCACCAACAAGCUGAUCGGCUGCUACGUGGGCGACAGCAUGGAGGACGUGGUCCUGGUGCGCAUCUACGGCAACAAGACGGAGCUUCUGGUGGACCGCGAGGAGGAGGUGAAGAGCUUCCGCGUCCUGCAGGCCCACGGCUGCGCCCCCCAGCUCUACUGCACCUUCAACAACGGGCUCUGCUACCAGUUCAUCCAGGGCCAGGCGCUCGAUCCCGAGCACGUCUGCAGCCCGCACAUCUUCAGGCUCAUAGCACGUCAGCUGGCUAAAAUUCACGCUAUCCAUGCGCACAAUGGCUGGAUUCCCAAAUCUAAUCUUUGGCUGAAGAUGGGGAAGUACUUCUCCCUCAUACCCACGGAAUUCGCCGAUGAGGAAAUCAAUAAAAGGUUUUUGGAGGACGUCCCAAGCCCCCAGGUCCUGCAGGAGGAGAUGACGUGGAUGAAGGAGUACCUGGCCAACCUGGGCUCGCCCGUCGUCCUCUGCCACAACGACCUCUUGUGUAAGAACAUCAUCUACAAUGACAAGCAGGGUGACGUCCAGUUCAUCGACUAUGAAUACUCGGGCUACAACUACGUGGCCUACGACAUCGGGAACCAUUUCAACGAGUUUGCAGGAGUGAGCGAAGUGGACUACAGCCUCUAUCCGGAUAAGGCCCUGCAGGUGCAGUGGCUGAGAGCCUACCUUGAGGCCUACAAGGAAUUCAAAGGAUUCGGCGUGGACGUGAGCGAGAAGGAAGUGGAGGUCCUCUACAUUCAAGUCAACCAGUUCGCGCUGGCCUCUCACUUUUUCUGGGGACUUUGGGCUUUGAUUCAAGCCAAAUAUUCCACCAUCGACUUCGAUUUCCUGGGGUACGCCAUCGUCCGCUUCAACCAGUACUUCAAGAUGAAGCCCGAGGUCACCGCCUUAAAAGUGCCCGAGUAGAGAAGAGAUCGCGUCCUCCUCCGCAGGCUUGUAGAGAACAGAGAGCGGAAAGCGCACGUUUGUCCCAAGUCCUUUCAUGUCCGUUCGGUCAUCCUUCUCUCCACACGACCCACCCGAUAUUCAGCCUAAUACAGGAGGUGUUACCUUCUCCCCGUCCCCUCCCCACCCCCACCUUCCCCCCACCCCACCACCGCUGCCCGGUGUGAGUUGGAAUGGAAGCCCGGUGAAUCCGGAAGGGGUCGGAGAGCCGGUGACUCGAUCCUUUUUCCUUUGUUCGUUGGUCUUGGAUCAUUUCACCCCCCGUUGUCCGUGUGAAUUAUUUAUUGCCAGUUUUAGCCCGAUCCCGUUGCCGCUUCCCGAUUCCCCCGGGAGGUCCGGGCGGCAGUGGGAUGGCUCCGGAAAGGUCGGCUGCCGGGCCCCGGCGGAGGCGACCUUAGCUAGGGUGUCCGGGCGGAUCCCGGAGGGAGAUCUCCCGGCCGAAGCGUCCGCUUGCGGGCGGAGGCUCCUCCCCGGAGGCGCCGGGGGCCCAGACGGCUCGGCCGGGAUGACGCCGGUUUGGGAAUCGAGGCUCCGAACCCGGUCCCCGUCCUCCAGUCGGCCGACCUCUCCCCCCCACCUCCGAUCCGGCGGGCGGAACCGCCGGGGAAGACAGUCGGGAAGGGGGACUUCUCGGGCAGAACGCGAACCCCGGACGCGGGACGUCUCCUAGUCCGGCCGGGUCGAACCAAGCGUUUCUGAAACUUGAAAUUCCGUCAGAGUCGGGAACAAGAGGAUAUCGUUGAAGUCCACCCCCCCAACCCCCAUUAUCCAGUUGCCUACCCCUUCCCCUCACCCACCUAGCCCGUUUUCCUCUGUCUAGUACUGAGAACCUAGUAGUCCUAGACGGUUUGAUUUUUUUUUGGGGGGGGAGCGUCCGCAGCGGCCCACGGUCGUUGCGGGACGAAUGCUCGGUGCGCGUAGCGGCCGUGAAGGGAUAUUCAGGCUUCCUUGGAUCCUUCAAGCCUGUUAUCCUCGGAACAGUCAAAUUCCCGAAAUGUGAAUUUAGAGGAAGGGACCCUUGCGGUGUGUGAAGGAGGGUUUUGGGAGACUUAUUUUCACUUUUGGGGGCGGGCGGGGGAAGGAUCUGUGAAACCGUCUGUAUAUCUUGAGGACGAUCGCGUUGGCGUUCGGCAGUCAAAUGGUCAGUUUUUGUGAUUUUUGGGGGUGUUUUUUUUUUUUUUGAAGGAAACUACUGACAAGCUUUGCACUUAGAGGUCACUGAAGUGCCCGUAUACCAAGUUGGCACGGCAGCCCGCCCGCCCUCAGAGCCUGCCCCCUCCCCGCCCGCUUUCCUUCUCCCCGAGGCCAUUUGUGGUGCAGGAUGUUUAGCCCAGAUUUCUUAUUGUCACAUCCUCAGUCAGGCCACACGUUUUCCCCAAGCGUUGCUUGCUUAAGAUCCUCAGGGCUUACAGCUCAAACGAAGAGUACCACCACUUUUUAACCCAAAAGGCCAUCGAAAGGAGCGUCUUCAAACGGAUUGGUGCCCGUAACAGUGUUAGACCAAGAUUCCUUUUUCUACCUCCCGAGACUUCUUACCCGCUUAGUUCAAAAAAACCCAAAAAACCUAAAAAAAAAAACACAAAAAACCCCCCAAAACUAAGAAAAAAAAUCAACCAACCAACCCAAACCUAUAGUGGGAGGUCAAUCGUUGUUGUCCGCUUCAGCAAAUAGUCGCCCCGGUGAAAACGGAAUUAGCUUUCUUUCCAUAUAUUCAAGGAUCUCUGAGCCGGUGGAAUAGACGGUGGCAGGUUUUUCCAAACCCCCGAUCCUGGAGAUAUUUCACUGGCUAGAACAGGGGAAUUAAAACAGAACACUAUGUUGUAUAAAGUUCAUUCUCGUCCUUUCACGAUGCUAACCAUUUAAGGAAUUCCAAAGGGAGAAGAGAAUCUGAAGCCCCGAAGACCCGAAACCACCUCUCCGGGACUUGCCGAAAUGCUAAUCCCCGUUGCCUUUUUCUUUUCAAGUUGGGAGGCUUGAAUGUCUCCGCCUAACAACUCAACCCAGGGUGAACCUGAACUGUAAAUACCAAGAGAGUUGUUCGGUAUAUGACAUUCCUAUGUGCACAAUGUUUAGCUUAAAGGCCGUUGGUGGCCUGGGAGCUUUUGUAAAAGCAGCAUUGAGCAACUGACUUUUUUUUUUUCUCUUUUUGGUUUCGUUUUUUCCCCCUCGCGACCCACCGAAACGAUCAGACCUGGUUAACCCCUCCGGCUUUUUAUUUGUUGUUGUCCAUGUGGUUUCUUUCAUUUCAGCUCCCCGCCACCGUCAGUUUCUGGAAACCUAAAGUCUCGUGUGCUUUCGAUAACGCUGCCCCUAAAGUUGGGCUUUGUGUUCCUCCUUCAUUUUUUGGCGAGAAUUUGAGCACAGAAGUCAUUAACCGGGUCCGAUUGGCGCUGUAAAUACGACCGUGUACAUAGCCAUUUGUAAAUGAGCGUGAAACGUACCUCGCACUUAUGACCUUGUGUGUCGCACUGUAUCCUCCCUCCUUUUGUAGAGAUCCCGCUGUAAAGAAAGAUUUCCUCCUCCUCCAACCCCCUGACAUUUUUCCGUCUUCGCUUCCGUCCGCUCAUCUGGCCGGGCGUCGGGGUUCGGCCGGAGCCCGGUUAGGGAUCCGCCGGGAGCUUUCGGGGUGCCCCAGAUCGUGGCCUCCCCCCGCCUGGGGAGAGAAGAGUCCAUCACCGCGUCGACAUGCUUCGCUCCGGGGGAAAGGGGGCGGAUUAAGUAGCGGAGGGGUCAGCCCGCCCCGAGAAAUGGACAACCACUGCCGUGGUCCGAGAGGAGGACUUCCCAUUCCCACCGCCUACAGACAAACGUUCACUCGGCCGGGUGAAGCGAUUACUGUUGGCCCGAAAUGGAGAAGGCCGUCCCUCCCGGACCCAUCCGGCGGAAUCCUCGGCCGUCGCGUGAGACGACGACGACGACGGAGCGCGCACCUUGGUAAAUAUCGAGUCUCCCCAACUGACGGAAGACCUUGGUCUGGGGGGUUCGGUUAGUGCAGAGGAAACGGGGUCGCCCUGUAGGGUUUUAGCCCCGGGGAACGCGCGCCGCCCCUCGGCACCCUCCGCGGAUCCCUCGCCCGCUGCGGGGAAGGCGGAUUCCACCCCGGCGGUCUCGACUUCUAAUCUAGACCUGCCUUGGACCGUCGUUUUAACCCGCGCCGCCUCGGAGACGGAGCUGUUGGUGAAAUGAACGAUUUCCAGGCCAGGGGGAAUCGGGGGUGCCGGGAUUUCCCGGCACACCAAGAAAGUGGGGCGACGCGACCCCCUUUCAGGGCGUUGAGGAGGGCUCUCGUGGUGGAAGGCACCGGUUCAACCUAGAGAGGCUAAGACGGCAGUAGCGGCCGGCAGGAAGACGAGACCGAAAAAGACCUGGCGAUCUGUUUUUUCCUGAAUUUAUCCUCUCCAAGUGGGUAGGGUUUUGCUCUGAUGGCGCAUUUCGUUAACGAACAACCAUGCUAAGUUUUUGUUUCCCGAUCCCAACCGCGGGGCGGGACGAUGGGCGGUGAAUGGCAGCGUCCUUUGGUCGUCGGCUGCUUGGGGCCGAAGAGAGUCAACCAAAAGCGCGAUGCGGCUCUCCGAGCCCGGCCGGACCUCCCUCGGGGGUCGGCCAUAGGUUUGACAAUGACGCAGGGGUCUGAGAUUUUAAGUCCAAGCCUUUUAAAGAGGCCAACAAUGUGGUAGAGUUGCUCUUGAUCUAGAUCAGUGGAGGCGGUUGCAGGAGGUUUGGGCAGAAAUUCUUUUUGGCAGUCGGGCUGAUUCCGAUGUCUCCCUUCGGCUCCGUUUUCCCAGUACUUUAGUCGAAACCCGAAGAAGCGCCCGGAGGAAUAGUUUAACCAUUGGCGUGAGAAAAGUACUUCAGCGUCUCCUAAAUAAAAGUCAUUCCGUUCCCAGGGAUUUCUACAAAUCCGGGGAACGUCUGAGGAAGGGAGAGGUCGUGAGAAACGUAGGGAGAGGAGUCUCCGUUCGGGGCAGCCGAAAUUGCGGUGGUUGAUCGUGCCCGUUCCCCAGUUUUCGAAGUUAGGGCCGAGCUGCGGAGCUUGAAAGUUCAGGCCUCGCCGCCUCGCGUUGGCAAAAGAGGUGCCCACCUUAGGUAGAGUCCUUCCUCUUCCCGUCCUUACCCGGGACCUUGGCGACGGUCACCGGUCGCGGGCAGCCGACGGUUUCGCCGGGCUCCCGAAGUGGGUCGCUCCCAAGGCCCGGCCGCGAGCCGUAUCGCAUCACCGCCCGCGUCCCGAGGAGCCGCCGCGCGGAGUCUGUCCCGAUUAGUCCGACGGGACACGGGAGGACCCCGCCGACCCCUUAACGUCUCUUCUCGGGAGCAAAUCCCGGGAACCUGCCGAGCGCUCGGAGAGAGCUCCCGUGUCCCGCGCGGGGCGGGCCGAGAGAGGCCGGGGCGAUCGGGCGGAUUCGAAUCGGGAGGCGGGGGCGCGGAUUUGUCAUUUACUGAAUGUGAAAACCGUAGUCGUGUUGCUGCUUUGUACAUAUAUAUACUGUAGGUGCCGCAGACAGCCUCGGCACCCCAAAACGUAUCGAUACCUCUCGGCGAAGGCGACGGUGUAGGCGUUCCGGGUUGGGCCCGGGCGUCCGAGGACCCGUCGAUCCGCCCGCUGAUGAAGAUACUCCCUGUUUUACGUUGCCUCUCUUCAGUGAUCUCAAUUUCGUUUGGACCCUGAAGACUUCCAUUUAUUUGUCAGAAAUCUGUUCCGUGGAUCAACCGGGGGCCCCCGAGCGAAGAGAACUAAACCGGUAACCUCAUCUAUGUUAGGAAAUGAAGUAAACCCGUACCAUUUUGCUCCCUGUUCAUAAACUUUUUUUUGCAGUCGAUUGUUUGGGGUUUUGUUCUGGUCCCCCCCCCCCCCCCCCCCCCUUUUGGAUAACAGUGUUGUUUGAGCUUUAUUUCUGUUGUAAUAAGACCGUCCGUCAUUAAGUAAUUGAAGGAAUGUAUCUUUUGGAAGAGAUUUCUACCCUGUAAAUAAAUGAAAACUGGUCGUGACAAUAAAGCUGAGCUCUAACGGCGUCGACCCCGUGGA